AUGUGACUGCACAGCACCUGACUGGCGCAGCUUGGCAGUGCUAUUUGCUUUUGAUAUGCAAUAUGGAAGUCAUGUGUAUUGUUAGUUUUGGACGAUUCACUCGUCCACAAUUUAAUUUGGUUCUACUAAUUAUCCUUCAGCUUGGCCUACACACAGUGGAGGGAGUGUGGCCAUUACCGCAGUCUUUCACCUCCUCUACCGAGCGAUACCCUCUGAACCCAAAGGCUUUCUACUUUGGGUACGGAAGACAAUUAGCCGCACAGCCGGAGUGUUCUGUUCUCGAUGCUGCAUUCAAGAGAUAUUUUUCUCUCAUUUUUCCGGACUACACUACAGGGAAUGGUGUUCUGCGAUUCAGUGGAGACAAACCAUUUACUUUUGAGAUCAGAGUUGAUCAUGCUGAUUGUGAUAGUUACCCAAAUGAGAACUCGUCUGAGAGAUACAAUCUGAGUGUCUCUGCAGGAAAAGCAUCUCUAAAUGCCGACACAGUGUGGGGUGCUCUAAGAGGUCUGGAAACCUUCAGUCAGCUGGUGUAUCAAGAUGAUUUUGGCACAUAUUUUGUGAACAAGACUGAGAUUGAUGACUUCCCGCGGUUUCAGUUCAGGGGGAUAUUGUUGGACACUUCACGUCACUAUUUACCAGUGCAGGCCAUUUUAAGAACUCUGGAUGCAAUGGCAUACAGUAAGUUCAAUGUGUUCCAUUGGCACAUUGUUGAUGACCCCUCCUUCCCUUACCAGAGCCGCACAUUUCCAGACCUUUCCAGUAAGGGGGCUUUCCAUCCAAUGACUCACAUCUACACACAGUCAGAUGUGAGAAGGGUGAUCUCCCAUGCCAGGCUGUGGGGAAUAAGGGUCCUUCCAGAGUUCGAUUCACCCGGCCACACCCAAUCUUGGGGAAAAGGGCAGUCUGACCUGUUGACACCCUGCUACAGAGGGAGCACCCCUUCGGGUACUUUUGGUCCUGUUAAUCCAGUGUUACCCUCCACCUUCCAGUUCAUGGCGAAACUAUUUAGAGAAGUGGCAUCGGUGUUUCCUGAUUCCUAUAUCCACUUAGGAGGGGAUGAGGUGGACUUUUCCUGCUGGAAGUCCAACCCAGAUGUCCGAGCAUUCAUGCAGAAGAUGGGAUUUGGCGGAGACUUCACCAAACUGGAAGCAUUCUACAUGGAGAAGAUUGUGAACAUUACUUCAGCUCUCAACAAGACGUCGAUCGUGUGGCAGGAUGUGUUUGACUACCAUGAACGACGCAGCUGUUUAUCAGUAGUGGAGGUAUGGAGACAUGGCUGUUACCUGUGUGAAGUGCGGAGGGUGACUAAUGCAGGGCUCAGGGUGAUUCUGGCCUCUCCAUGGUAUCUGGACCAGCCAGGGCCCACUCACAACUGGGCCCGUUACUACACUGUGUGGCCUCUCGCUUUCAAGGGUACUGUGGAACAGAAGAAGCUGGUGAUAGGGGGUGAGGUCUGCAUGUGGGGGGAGUAUGUCGAUGCCACCAAUCUCACUCCACGUCUUUGGCCAAGGGCAAGUGCUGCCGCGGAGAGACUGUGGAGUGACGAGAAGCAGACCUCCAGCGUGGACGAGGCGUUUCCUCGCUUGCAGGACUUUCGCUGCAAGCUUGUGAGGCGUGGCAUCCGAGCAGAGCCUCUGUAUGUUGGACACUGCAAACAUGAGUACCAAGGUGUUUGAAGAUGUUGGAUGGAUUCACAUUGCGAGGUUUUUCUGGUGAAUGUUUGGACUAAUUACGUUCAUAGUUGCCUUCUUUUAAAGUGGGGAAUUUUUUUUAAAGAAAAUUGUUUAUCCAGUCUUAAUGCACACUAUAAAAUGCUUUCUCAGGGACUUGUCUCAUUACUGUUUCUCAUUCAAUUUUUUUGUAAUAACAUUUUAAGUAGUUUUAUUUUAGGUUUGACAUAUUUAGCAGUCAUAUACAGAGAAAUGUGAACAAAAACAUUGUUUGAAGAACCCAAAGUGCUGCACUAUGAUGCCAUGUUGAAUUGUAGUUGAUGACCGCAAAAUUAUAGAAUGUAGAUUUUAAACUGUAGGAACCCUGCCGGUAUGCUGUAGCUUGCACUCUUGCAAUGUAAUGUAAUAUAAAUAUUAUUGGUUUGCAGGUUGCCAGUUAAAUGUCAACUCUUAUUUAAAACAGAAAAAAAAACCAUAAACAGCCUUUUUUAAGAUAUUGGCAGUUUAAAGUUCCAGGUGGUCCAACCUCCAUGUCUUAAUAGACGAAGCGAGCACCCAGAGGAAACUCAAGGAGAGAUGACAAGAACAUGUACAAUUCACACAGUAACUCAAUCAAAUUAAUAUUAUUCAUAAACAUAUGACACUCAUUCUCAGAAAUGUAGGGAAUCUUCAUAAAAACCCUUUAACAGGGGAAAAUGGGAGUAACCUCAGGAGGAGAGGGGGGGGAUACCUCCUCUAGAAGGAACAGACAUGCAGUAAGUGUUAUAUGUUUCAACACAAAUUAAACUAGUAGAAUUGCAAUGGAGAAACAGAACUAUAAAUAUAAUGUGGGCGUGGCUUGUGACUUGGAGGUAGAGCGGUUGCCCCUCAAACACAGGACGGUUCGAUUCCAGGCUCUCUCUGGCCACAUGUCAAAGUGUCCCUAAGCAAGACACUGAGGCACAAGUUGCUCCCCGGAUGCUGUCUGUAAAACUGUCCACUGCUCCUACUACUUAGAUGGGUUAAAUGCAGAAAUUACAUAUCACUUCAAUGUACUGUGUAUGUGAGAAUAAAGAUAAGAA